AUGGAAGAGGCCGAAGAAACUGAGAUUCCAGUUAACCCUGUCUAUUUGACACUCUUCUCCGACCAUCUGAAUCGCGUCCGAGGACAUCUGUUAGGCGGUGAUGGCCCUGGUUCCCUUCCGGCAUCAUUUCUAGAACCCAACGCAUACUGGACUUCCGCAGAAAAGAAUGCGUUCUUCCACGGGCUCACCAUCUACUCACGCCUUCGUCCUGACUUGAUUGCAGCUGAAAUCAAGACCAAGACCGUUGUUGAUGUCUGUGUUUACCUUGACAUGCUCGAAGAUGGUAGCGCGCACAAUCCUCACUCAUCCCAGAGGCAGGACAUACCUGCUUCCCGGGAAGUAUCUGAUCGCUGGCUCGCGUUCGAGGAGCAACAGGCACUUGCUCUAUCCAAUGCGGAACCCAUUCUGGAAGAACAGGCGUUGCAGAAGACGCGAGAUGAUGAAUUCAGGACCUUUCGGCUUGCUACCCACGCUCGCAAAGGCGAUGGCCGCACCGCAUCAAACGAGCGCGACCGUGAAGGAGAAAAGAGGCGGCAGAAGAAGUACAAGGCGUGGUUUGCAGAGCGACAAGAGGAGUGGAAGGGCGAAGAUGUCUUGCGUGCUCUGGAUACAGUUGCGAUGAAGGCCCUGAAUCGCAUUUUGAGGAAGGACGAAGAUGUACGUUGGCCGACAGCGCCGGAGCCCAGUGGACUACAUCGCGCGGGGAAGGCGGACGAUGUCCAGGAACGUGCAGGCAGUUCUACUGCGAUUCCGUUUCUUCCUGUUGAAGCUCUUCACCGGAUCGACGAAAAAAUGAUAGACCCUGUUCUUCGAGCCCAAUCACAGUCUACUUCCGUCGGUGACAAUUUUGCACUUCCGGCAGCCCCAAUGGGCACUGUGGCGGGGGUGCUUCCUCAUGCAAUCUACGGAGCCCAAUUUCGACCAUCGACUCCACCUUUCCAGGGGACAUCUAUCACCUCUGAUUCUCUCCGACAGUCGGUAGCUCCUGCUCAUACCGUAGAAACCUCCACUUCAACCGUUCCCGGGGUUGAACAGGCACUUUCUCCAGCCUCACGUCGUCGUCUCCAGAAGCGGAUGCAUAUGCGUCGGAAGAGGGCAGAAAAGUCGGGCAGCGUGGUUUCAGAGACAGUCGAAAAGCUGAAGACUGGACCAAAGAGAAAGAAGAGGAGGGGUGAGGCCGGUGCGUCCAUUGUAGAGCAUGCUGGCGGUGGCGACGUGGAUCCUAUUGAGCGGCAGCAUGACAAGGUCGCCGCGGCUCGGAAAGGAACAGAUGAACGUGACCAGCAACGAGCGGAUGACGACCCUUCAUCUUCUGAGGACGAGGACGUGAAAGGCUCUUACCGACACCCCCAUCCGUCAGGACCCACUCUACCCGAAAAACUGCGCGAUAAAUACAAGGCCAUGGGUAUCACUGCCGAACGACUAUACGAGGAAGGACUCGGGUUACUCCACCUCGGAGGACUCGCGAAGAUAAUGCGGCUGUAUAACGGAUUGCGGGAGCAACGAGACGUCCCACCCUCUGUUGCUUCACAGAUAUCUGUUGAUCUAGUUCGAAUUCUGAACGCCCACGUGGUGAAGUUCACUACACAGCUUGUUCACCGAUCGAUUGUAUCGGGAGAGCAGGAGAGGCUAGCAAAAAUGCACACGAAGGUAUGGGGAUUGAAGAACAAGAUUAUCUCCCCCGUCGAUGUUGAACAUGCGUUGUCGAUGAUGUAUUCUGAAAGACCCAGCAAGAAGGCACAUUUCAAAGGACUCCUCGACCGUUUGGACAUUGCAGUUGAGAGCGCAGCGGAGAGUGAUGAAGAGGAGGAUCUAGUGCGAGGCAAGGGCACCAAGAAUGACGACAGCAAAGGUGGGAAACGUGAACGCAGACCACCUGCCUCGCGAUCAGAUGAUUCGAGCUCUCCCUCACAGCCAGAGGACAACGAUUCGGACGCGGAUGCGGACGACGGGCGGGCUGAUGCUGCGCAAUUAAUUGGCCCACCGCAUCUCUCAUUGCAUCAAACUAUCUUCACCCCAUUCGUCCGCCUUCCAUCAUUUACCCCGUUGCCAUCGGUCGGCUACUCUGCACCGACUGAUCCAUCCCUGUUUAUGCCUUGCCCUACGUCAACGCUGCUAUUUGGCACUGCAGAACCUCCUGUCGAUGAGGAACUCAUGCCCUGUGUCACACGCGGCGAUACGCUCAUGGCGGAAUUGCUGGAAGAUGAAGAACUCGAGAAGCAUGACAGUAUGGAAGACGAGCAGCACGAAAAAAGAUUGUGGUCCAAAUUCGCCUCGGACUCAGGAGAGGAUGAGCACGAUGCCCACGUGUCUAGCAAGAGGAAGCGAAUUGAAGAUUCGAGCGAUGUUGAUGAAGAUAACGCUCAAGCCAAGCGGGACGAAGCCCAGGCAGGGGGCUGCCAAAGAUACCGUCAACCAGACCCGAACGGACCAGUAAAGAGCCGUGUAUAUAUAUCAGACAGCGACUGA